GACAUGACACAAUUAAAUAGAUCCAAACCUACCUCAGAUCUUUCUAAUUCUUUCGACACAACAACAGAAACUGAUUCAAUCUUAUUCUGUUUGGAUUUUUCAUCUUAAUAAAAACAGGGAAAAUCCAUUUAAAUUUUCUCCUAAAUUUAUUUUGUUUGCUGAAUUGACAGCCACUCUUACCUGCUAGGCUGCUAUAUAUGUGACUCCAGAGAGCUUGCCUCCUUUUUCAUGCUCAAACAAGAUUUCCCAGUUGCCAGUGCUGAUUUGUCUUUGCCAGGUCUUUGUUUCUUUUCUUUUUUUCCCAUCUUUUUAUUAGUCAAUUUUAGUUAGAUAAACUUCUGCAUGUAUGAAAUCCCAGCCAUAUGUUAUUGCAGUAUGUUUCUCUUUUAGGCAGAACAUCAGUACUUUACAAACCUAUCUUAGUUGUUAGGUCAUGACAAAGUUGAUGGUAUAUUGAAUUCUUGAGUCUUGAUCACAGAUUUUGAUACCAAAAGUUGCUCCUUUUAUUAGACCCUCUCUUCCUUUCUUUCAAAUAUACAAAUUUUGGCUAGAAUUUUCCUUGUAUCAGCAAAAUUUAGUUGUUCUUGGUGAUGAUGGGAACUUGGGCUUUCUUGAAUUGUAUAGGAAUGUGUUUGUUUGUUCUCUUUCAGCCUGAAAUGUGUUUGGCUAGUGUUCAAUUUCAUGGUAGUAUAAAGCCAGGUUUUCAAGGGGAUCAGAUGCAUUGGAUUGAUAAUGAUGGUCUGUUUCUAUUAUCCAACAAUUCAGAUUUCGGAUUCGGGUUCAUCACUACUCCUGAUGUUACUUUGUUUGUCCUGGCAAUUGUUCAUGUAAGCAGUUCAAAGACCGUGUGGUCUGCGAAUAGAGGCACCCCAGUUAAAAAUUCUGAUUUGUUCAGGUUUAAUGAAAGUGGCAAUGUUGUUUUGCAAAGUGGUGAAUCUGUAAUUUGGUCUACAAACACUGGGAAAAAAGUAGUUUCUGUUAUGGAACUGCAGAACUCAGGAAAUCUUGUUUUGGUUGGCGAUGAUGGUAGCGUAGUUUGGCAGAGUUUUAGCCAUCCGACUAAUACUUUGUUGUCAACCCAGGAGUUUAGUGAGGGAAUGAAGCUUGUUAGUGAUCCGGGCUCGAAUAAUCUGAGCUAUUUUCUUGAAAUGAAAUCUGGAGACAUGCUCCUGUAUGCAAAUUUUGAAAAACCACAACCAUAUUGGUCUAUGGGUAAGGAUAAUCGAAGAACCAUCAAUAAAAUUGGUGCUGGUGUCACUUCUGCAUCCAUUGACGGCAAUUCUUGGAGGUUUUAUGAUAAGGACAAAGUUUUUCUAUGGCAAUUCAUAUUCUCAAACAGUGUUACAAAUGCCACCUGGGCUGCAACUUUAGGAAGUGAUGGAUUUAUCACAUUCUACACUCUUGAAAGUGGAACGUCAAGCAAUAGUUCACCGACAAAGAUUCCGGCUGAUUCUUGCAGCAGACCUCAAGCUUGUGAUCCAUAUCAAAUUUGUGGUAGCAACAAUUGUCAAUGUCCUAGUGUCCUUGCCUCUAAACCAAACUGCAAACCUGAUGUUGUGUCUCCGUGUAAGAGCUCUAAGGGUUCUGUAGAGCUUGCAGAUGCUGGAGAUGGCCUUGGCUAUUUUGCCCUUGGGUUUGUUCCACCCUCUUCUAAGACAGACUUAAAUGGUUGCAAAUCAUCUUGCCUUGAUAAUUGUUCAUGUCUUCUCAUGUUCUUUGAAAACAAAUCUGGAAAUUGCUUUCAUUUUGACCAUGUUGGAAGCUUACAAAGUUCAAAAGAAAGUGGUUUCGUCUCAUUCAUAAAGAUUUCAAGUACUAAUGGUGAUGGUGGAGGUUCUAGCAGCGGUGGAAGCAGCAAGAAACAUGUUAUGAUUGUUGCCAUUAUAGUUGUUAUCACAACACUUGUUAUUCUUGUUCUACUUUUUGCAGGAGUUCGGUACUAUAAAAAGAGUAAUGAUUUGCCUGAGUCUCCUAAAGUAGAUUCGGAAGAGGAUAAUUUCUUGGAAAGUAUAUCUGGGAUGCCCGUUCGUUUUACUUACAAAGAUCUCCAAGUUGCAACAAAGGACUUCUCUGCAAUCCUUGGGCGAGGAGGCUUUGGUUCUGUUUAUGAAGGAAUUCUCAAGGACGGUACUCGUUUGGCUGUGAAACAGUUGGAAGGCCUUGGUCAAGGUAAAAAGGAAUUCCAAGCUGAAGUUAGUAUCAUUGGCAGCAUUCAUCAUCUACACUUGGUGAGACUUAAAGGAUUUUGUGCAGAAGGUGCACACAAGCUUCUUGUUUAUGAGUUCAUGGCGAAUAAUUCACUGGAUAAAUGGCUCUUUAAGAGAAAUAAAGCAGAAAAGUUGGACUGGGAUACGAGGUACAAUAUAGCUAUAGGCACAGCAAAAGGAUUAGCUUAUCUCCAUGAGGACUGCGAUGUUAAAAUUGUGCAUUGUGAUAUUAAGCCUGAAAAUGUGCUUCUAGAUGACAAUUUCCUUGCAAAGGUAUCAGAUUUUGGUCUUGCCAAACUAAUGAGCAGAGAGCAGAGUCAUGUCUUUACAACACUAAGGGGAACUAGAGGAUACCUUGCACCAGAAUGGAUCACUAACUAUGCCAUAUCUGAAAAGAGUGAUGUUUAUAGCUAUGGAAUGGUGCUGCUUGAGAUCAUUGGAGGCAGAAAAAACUACGACGCAUCAGAAACCUCAGAGAAAUCACAUUUCCCAUCUUAUGCCUUUAAGAUGAUGGAAGAAGGUAAAUUAACAGACAUUCUUGACGAAAAUCUGGAAAUAGCAAAAACAGACGAGCGGGUUAUGGUAGCAAUCCAGGUUGCUUUGUGGUGUAUCCAGGAUGAUAUGUCUCAUAGACCAUCAAUGACAAAAGUAGUACAAAUGCUUGAAGGGUUAUCUCCUGUUCCUCCUCCACCAAUGUCAUCACAGCUGAACUCUCGCUUGUAUUCCAAUUUCUGCAAAUCAAUUAGUGAAGAGGGCACCUCCUCCGGUCCAUCGGAUUGUAAUAGUGAUGCAUAUCUUUCAGCAGUAAGGCUUUCAGGUCCCAGAUAACAGCUGAAGAAGUUCGACAAGAUUCUUCAUUCUUGAUCAAGUUUAGGCCUUUCAAUUUUCAGUUUGUGUUUUGUCUGUGUGUAUAUUUUGAUAGGUUACUCAAAUUUUGUACUACUAGCCAUCAUAUGUAUAAACUUUCUUGAGUAUGCUAACCAUGUUCUUCAUCAAAAUCAUUGACAGUAAUAAUC